AUGUUCAACUGGGUUCAGCAGCAGAUCGCCAAUGUUGCCGGCACACAAGAGCCCAUCUAUGGCCCCUCCGCCAUCCGAUCGGUGGCUGAGGAGGCCAAGGAGACUCCCUACACCGAGAUCAGCCGCGACGACCUGAAGUGGAAGGAGAUGGAAUGGACCAAUGUCGAGACGCAAACCUUUUACUUCUUCUCCGACGAGGGCAGAAUCGGCAUGGCGCAAGUUAUUUACAGCAACGUUGCCGGCAUUCGCAAGACGUGCCAGUUCAACUCGAAAGUCUUUUCCCUCGACGAAUCGAAGCCUCACCUUUGGUCCUCGACGCCGCUCAACAACUUUGAGAUUAGCGAGGAUAAGGCGUCGUUUUAUGCGGACGACUGCGCCCUCGAGCUGUCCGAGGACGGCAACUCGUACACCAUCAAGAGCCUCAACGACGAGCGCGCCAUUGUCAACAUCAAGGUCACCAAGACGGCGCCGGGCUUCCAGGGCGGCAAGACGGGCACCAGCAGCUACGGCACCGACCCCAAGGAGCCGUGGGGCUGGAUGCGACAUGCCUUUUGGCCGCGCUGCGCCGUCGAGGGCAGCAUCACCACGAAGGACGAGGGGCCUGUCGACUUCAAGGGCCGCGGCUUCUACAGCUACGCCCUGCAGGGCAUGAAGCCGCACCACGCCGCCGCCCGCUGGAACUUCCUCACCUUCCAGGGCCCCAGCCACUCGGCCGUCAUGAUGCAGUUCACCACCCCGCCCUCGUACGGCUGCACCGUCGUCAGCGUCGGCGGCGUCGCGGCUGACGGCACCAUUGUCGGCGCCGGCUGCGACAACAGCGCCACCCACACCGCCAUCGAGGCGGACACGGAGAGCGGCUGGCCCGCACCGACCAACGUCGCCUUCGCCUGGCACGCCAAGGACAAGGACGGCAACCCCGUCGAGGCCGAGAUCGACGCCGCGCUCGGUAAGCGUCUGGACCGCGUCGACGUCAUGGCCGAGGUCCCCGCGUUCGUCAAGCGCAUCGUUGCCGGCGCCGUAGGAACCAAGCCAUACAUCUACCAGUAUGCCACCAAGGCCACGCUCAAGCUCCAGGCUGGCGGCAAGGAAAUUACCGAGGAGGGUCAAGUCUUCAGCGAAGCCACAUUUAUCUCGGAUCUCGAGACACCGUCCGAGUAA